CCGCCGGACUGUCGUUGUGAGGUCACGUUUUUUUUUUUUUGUCGGGUUUGUGGCAUGAAACGCGGCGGCUCACUCCUCCGGUUUCACAAAGGAGCGGUGGUUUCUUCAGGUGUCUUGUUGGCUAGACUCGGGAGUCCGGUCACAUCACCGAGCACCGGGUGGCGUCAACACCCGUAAGUAGCUGUUAAUUCCUCUGGGAAGGCGGGGAGGGGGAAAUCCAGCGAGUCCACCACCAUGGCGAGCAGCGACUGCAGGAAAGAAGACUCGCUGGAAGAGAACCGCACGGACUCGGGCAUUGACUCGUACCGCUCCAUGCUGAAGUCAGAGGAGCAGAGAGAGCCGAGCGGCGACUUCAGCGGGCCGAGGGACAAGUUCUCCACCGGAGAAGAGCGGCUGGAUUCGGCCUACGGCUCCUCGUCCAUCACGGUCGAGAGUCUGACGGAAAUAGUCGGGGACUGCACUCUUUCCAGCACCAAGGAUCAAGCACAGAUCUCUGAACUCUCUGAACAGGAGGAGAACCUGCUCACAACUAUCACUGAAGAUGGAGACACAAUCCUGCACUUAGCAAUCAUCCAUGAAGAGGAGUUCAUUGCUCAAAAGUUGAUAGAGAUAUUCCCAAGAGACGUGCUCGACAUCCAAAACAACUUAUACCAGAGCCCUCUGCACCUGGCCACAUACCUGAACCUUACCAAGGUGGUGAAGGGCCUGCUGGAGAAAGGGGCCAGUCUGGAGCUACAGGACCAGGAUGGGAACACGGCGCUCCAUGUGGCCUGCCAGCACGGGCAGACAGAGUGUGCCACUGAAAUGACCCGAGAAGUUUCCUCGAGCAAAUUGGCACCGGUCCUUGAAGUCCAGAACUGGAGAGGUCUUGCCUGUCUCCACCUGGCUGCACUGAACAGACAACAUCACAUAAUGACGCUCCUGAUGAAAAAGGGAGCAGAUUUAAACAUACAGGAAGGAACCAGCGGCAAAACAGCUCUUCAUCUCGCUGUAGAACUGCACGACAUGACAUCAGUGAAGCUUCUGCUCAGCAGGGGAGCCAAUGUGGACGUAGCAAUGUUUAACGGCUGCACGGCUCUACAUCUCGCCGUCGGGAGACAGGACGCGGACAUCGCCGACCUCCUCUGCCAGUCUGGCGCUGACACAAUGCUACGGAACAUGGAGGAUGAGACGGCGCUAGAUCUGGCCGACGGCAACGAUGAUAUCCUGGCUCUCUUUCCUUUUGAUGACAUCCAGAUUUCUGGAAGGUCAGUGGUCGGUGUGAAGUUUUGAGCUGAUUCACAGGCUGAAAAACAAUCUCGAAAUUGUCUGGAGCCUCACAACAGAUGGAACUUUUGAUCGUAAAAAACAAAAAAAGCUUAAAGGGCUGAAGUUUGAAUAGUGCCUCUAUUUGUUGUACAUUCUGAUUUGAUGGUCUUUAUAUUUUAUCUAGUCAAAGAUGCACCCCAUAUAUUUCUUACUGUCCUCUGACAAUGAGAGAAUGUUUGCUCAACUGAACACUGUUAAAAAUAGUUUAUAGUCGAUGUUUUUGCUUGCCUCAGGAAGGGGUAGCAGAAAAUCCACCUCAAUGUGAGUGCCAAAUCUUCUACCAACAUGUUAAAGAUCCAUAAAGAAAAGUUCUACCUCUUCAUUUCAUUAACCUUGUUUUAAUGGCUACAAAUGGCCUUUAAACAUUCAAAUUGCUUUGUUUCAUAGUUUCUCAAACUUUAUCAGCAAAUGUUUGCAUCUGUAUUGUAACAUGUUCAUGUCUCCUGAAGAGGUGGCCUUCUAUAGAAGCCACAGACAAACUCUUUAAGAGUGACUCAAUAGCAAAAGGAAAUUGAAGCCAAACCUACUGUGUCCCAAAGAGACCUGCAACCUUUGACAAAUAUAUGUUUUAUAAAACUAAUUUCCCUUACAGAAUGUAAUAUAUAAUUCAAUAAUUGCAGCUUUAUCUUUGUGAUCUUUUUCUGUUUGUUUGCUUCUUAAAGUCAUGAAUAGGAAUUCUCUAUUUAUCUAAUCUUUUCCUUAAUCUGCAGACAUAUCUGACUGUUCUUUGGUGUUUCAUUACACUGCCUUUUCUAGUAAAUAGAAGCAAGUUGUUUAUUUUGUAUUAAAAAGGAAUUAAAUAAC